UGUACAUUCAUCUGCAGUUGGCACCAUUUCCAAUAUAGAUGGGGACUGGAAAUGACACCACUGUGAUAGAGUUUACUCUUUUGGGGUUAUCUGAGGAUACUACAGUUUGUGCUAUUUUAUUUCUUGUGUUUCUAGGAAUUUAUGUUGUCACCUUAAUGGGUAAUAUCAGCAUAAUCGUAUUGAUCGGAAGAAGUCAUCAUCUUCAUACACCCAUGUACCUUUUCCUCUGCCAUUUGGCCUUUGUAGAUAUUGGGUACUCCUCAUCAGUCACACCUGUCAUGCUCAUGAGCUUCCUAAGGAAAGAAACCUCUCUACCUGUUGCUGGUUGUGUGGCCCAGCUCUGUUCUGUAGUGACGUUUGGUACGACCGAGUGCUUCCUGCUGGCUGCCAUGGCCUAUGAUCGCUAUGUGGCCAUCUGCUCGCCCCUGCUCUACUCUACCUGCAUGUCCCCUGGAGUCUGCAUCAUCUUAGUGGGCAUGUCCUACGUGGGUGGAUGUGUGAAUGCUUGGACAUUCAUUGGCUGCUUAUUAAGACUGUCCUUCUAUGGGCCAAAUAAGGUCAAUCACUUUUUCUGUGACUAUUCACCACUUUUGAAGCUUGCUUGUUCCCAUGAUUUUACUUUUGAAAUAAUUCCAGCUAUCUCUUCUGGAUCUAUCAUUGUGGCCACUGUGUGUGUCAUAGCCAUAUCCUACAUCUAUAUCCUCAUCACCAUCCUGAAGAUGCGCUCCACUAAGGACCACCACAAGGCCUUCUCCACCUGCACCUCCCACCUCACUGCAGUCACUCUGUUCUAUGGGACCAUUACCUUCAUUUAUGUGAUGCCCAAGUCCAGCUACUCAACUGACCAGAACAAGGUGGUGUCUGUGUUCUACACCAUGGUGAUUCCCAUGUUGAACCCCCUGAUCUACAGCCUCAGGAACAAGGAGAUUAAGGGGGCUCUGAAGAGAGAGCUUAGAAUAAAAAUAUUUUCUUGAUGAAACUAGUUUGAAGAAUUUGAUAUAUUAAUAUUCCAUAUAUAAUAAUAAUAAGACACCAAGUGUUUGUGGUCAAAAUAUAUCUGUCGAUAGACCAUUACCCAGUGUGGAGCUUUUUAGUCAAUCAGGAGGGAAGAUUUUCAGAUAGAAUAGGAAAUUAGAAGUCCGUCUUGCUUUACCUUUAAUAAAAUUAAAUUAAAUUUAUAAUUGAGAAU